CUAUUAAUUCUACAGGGUAAAUUUCAUAUCCAUAAAGCGAAAUUUUCAAACACUGUAUAACAUGUUUGUAAAGUUAAAAUAAAUAAAAUGCAAAUAAUUAAAAAUAAUAAUUAAAAAAAAUUUAAAAAAAGAUCUUCUGGUCCAUUCUCCAUACCGGUGGGUGGCGGUAAUGGACCAAAUCGUUGUUUCCCAACCGUCAUGAAAACCUGAAAGAAAAAGAAGCGCUCCAGACCAUGUUGUCGAGCACAGAGCAAUCGUUCCUGCUCACUUUCUUGUUGACGUGGUGGCGGUGGCUUGUUAUCGGUUCGGGUGGAAAUCUCUACAUAUUCAUGAAGCGAACUUAGCAGAAAUAGUGCUAAUAAAAGCGAGAAGUCAUGCUGGACUUUGCCAUCUUUGCUGUCACGUUUGUCAUCAUUUUGGUCGGCGCUGUUCUCUAUUUGUACCCGUCAUCCAGAAGGGCCUCCGGUAUCCCAGGUCUCAAUCCUACAGAUGAGAAGGAUGGGAACCUGCAGGACAUCGUGAACAAAGGCAGUCUGCAUGAGUUCCUGGUCAGUCUGCAUCAGCAGUUUGGUUCGGUGGCGUCAUUCUGGUUCGGCGGUCGGCCCGUGGUCAGCCUGGGCUCCGUGCACCAGCUACGGCAGCACAUCAACCCCAACCACACCACUGACUCCUUCGAGACGAUGCUGAAGUCGUUGCUAGGUUACCAGUCGGGAACGGGAGGCGGGGCCACCGAGACCAUAAUAAGGAAAAAGGUGUACGAAAGUGGCAUCAACAACACGUUGAAGAACAACUUCCCGCUUGUGCUCAAGCUGUCGGAGGAGCUCGUAGGAAAGUGGAAGGCGUUCCCGGACUCCCAGCACACCCCUCUGUGUGCCCACCUGCUGGGUCUGGCCAUGAAGACGGUCACCCAGCUGGCUCUGGGCGAGAGCUUCCGGGACGACGCCAAGGUCCUUUCCUUCUGCAAGAACCACGACGCGAUCUGGUCCGAAAUUGGGAAAGGCUACUUGGACGGCUCCCUGGAGAAGAGCUCCAGCAGGAGAGGCCAUUACGAGAAGGCUCUGUCGGAGAUGGAGUCGGUGCUGUUGUCAGUGGCGAAGGAGAGGAAAGGCCAGAGGAAGCAGACGGCGUUUGUGGACACUCUGCUCCAGUCCGGCCUCACAGAGCGACAGAUCAUGGAGGACUGUAUGGUUUUCACUUUGGCCGGCUGCAUCAUCACUGCCAACUUGUGUGUCUGGGCACUUCACUUCCUGUCCACCUCCGAAGAAGUUCAGGACAAACUGUAUCAGGAGCUGGAGGAGGUGUUGGGUUCGGACCCAGUUUCCUUGGACAAGAUCCCUCAGCUCAGAUACUGCCAGCAGGUCCUCAACGAGACGGUGAGGACCGCCAAGCUGACCCCCAUCGCGGCUCGGCUUCAGGGAGUGGAGGGCAAAGUCGAUCAGCACGUCAUCCCCAAAGAGACUUUGGUCAUCUACGCUUUGGGAGUGGUCCUGCAAGAUUCGGACACCUGGAGCGCCCCAUACAGGUUUGACCCAGAUCGAUUUGAGGAGGAAUCCGCCAGGAAGAGUUUCUGUCUGCUCGGAUUCUCAGGGAAUCAAACCUGCCCAGAACUCAGGUUUGCCUACACCGUCGCUACUGUCCUGCUCAGCACGUUGGUGCGCCAGCUGAAGCUUCACCAGUUGAAGGGACAGGUCAUGGAAGUCCGAUCUGAGCUGGUGUCCACACCUAAGGACGAAACUUGGAUUACCGUCAGCAGAAAAGGCUAGAACUAUUCUUGAAAAAAAAACGGCACAGGGGAGCAGAGCUGUUUCUAAAAAAAAAUCUAUAUAUAUUUAACAUCUUGAUUAAAGGACCACCAAAAGUAUUUCUUAAAUGUUGAAGAUCCAGUCUGCCGGAGAAACAUCAUUUCUCACAUUAACUCCUGUCUUUCUAAACAACAUUAUGAUAGUUGACACUUUUGGGAAUUAAACACUUACAGGGUUAACUACUGUUUUUUUCGACCCUAUUUUCCUAUAUUUUUGUGUCUAAGUGACUGAUGGGAACAACAAUGUUUGACGUUGGUCCAGUAUUAAGAGAGAUCACUGCAGUCGGCAGUCAGAGAAACAAACUACAAUGUAAGUUAAUAGGGCAUCUUCAAUUAACGCUGACAGGCUCAGAUUAAUAUUCUAAGUGUCUGACAACAUUAUGGAAAGGAUUUCUAAGGAGGUCGACCUUUCUGUUAAAGAGUACGACCCUUUUUUUUAAAACAUAAAAUCAUCCGCGAAAUUCGCUAAAUCAAUCAAACUCCAUGUAAAUAAACAGUCAUUUUAGCAUCGUAGAAUAUACUUCAUUCAAAGUCGACAGAAACAAAAUAAAACUAUGCAAAGCCGUUUUGGGUCAUCUUUCCACUUUUUCAUCCAUCACAACUCUGUAUACUGAAAUAAACACAUAGUUUACAGAUGUACAUGUGAAAAUAUGUUGGCUCUAUACACGCUAAAAGUAUUGUUUUUUUUAAAUGGAGUCUGGUGGGUUUAGCGCUAGCGACCUCAGAUCCGUUUCUGGUUAAACAGAGAGGUCUUAAAGAGGUUUUAAAGGUCUGUCUCUGUAGGGAUCCUUUCAUUAAAGUUGUCAGCCACUUAGAAUAAUAAUAUGAGCCUUUCAGUGGCAAGAACUGCACUUUUAGUGGAGGAUAUUGACAAUGCACAUUUGCCCCAUAGGUCUGUAGGGUUACAUUGCAGCCUGGUCUGUGGCUGCCGGUUACAGCGUUCACGCUUAAUACUGGACCAAUGUCAAAGAUUGUUGUUCCCAUCAGUCACUUACACACAAAAACACAGGAAAAUAGGGGGGGGAAAACAGUAGUUACUCUUUAAUUUGCAUCAGUCCUGAAGGCACCACCACAGUAUUUCCAUAGAUGUCUUCCUGGUGCUUUUAAUUGUUUCAGUAAUCUGAAACCUUAAGCACAUUGUUACCUUGUCUGUUCAGUUUCGAUUUGCACUUAUUGAAAUAUGUUCAAGGAGGGAAACUCUGUGGUUUAAAACUCUACGAUGGAGAGAAAAACAACUUGUGCUGCCAAAUGUUUUUCUAUAAUUCUUAGUGCAGUUGCCUUGAGUCACAAAAUUCCUAAUAACAUGGGGCUUGUUUGUCCGUUGAUAUGGCUCUACGUGGCAAUUUAGACAUUUCAUUCCUUUUUUAAUUAAACACGGUUGCAUAUUACAUUUUAUUAAAUAUGUUUGAGGAUUCUG